CCGCCUGUGGUAGCGGCGAUAGGCGAUAGCGCCACUUGUAUUUUAUUUUUAUUUAUUAAUUAUUUAUUAUUUAUUAUUUCAAAAAUGGAAUUUUCUACUCAAUUCUUGGAUAAAAACGAAGAAUUCGAAAACCAAUGCUUUGCCUGUUUGGGUACAGAAGAUUUAAUCGAAAACCAGGGAGUUCUGGAAGUUUUUACGGCAACUUUCAAUUUUGAGUUGAAAACGGAAGACUUUCAUCCGUUUCUUUGCAUUAAUUGCCACCAAAAGCUAAAUGAUGCUGUAGAGUUUUUGGCACAAGUCCGAAAUUCUUUGCAGUAUUUUCAGGAUUAUGGAUAUAGAAAGAAGGAUGAACAGAACUCUGAGUCGAAACAGCAAACUAAUAUCAAAAAAGAAGAGAAAAUCAACAUAAAGCUAAAAGAUGAAGCCAAUGAAACUCUCAACGAUGAUACUCAAGAAGAUACUAUUGUAAAUGACAGCAAUGAAGAAAGCAGUAAUUCAGAUUCAGACAAUGAACCACUUAUAAAAUUUGUCCAAACAAAGAAACAUAAAAAGAACACAUUUAAUCCAAAACUAGAAAAAAUCCCAUUAGAAAUUAUUGAAGAAACUUUAGAUGAUUAUCGAGAGCAAAAUCGUAUGAUUUCUAACUGUAUUUUAUGUGAUUUUAAAGGCCUUAAUAUAAGGAAUUUAUCAUGUCACAUGAUAUUCAAACACAGGGAAGCAAAAAGCCAUUGGUGUCUAAGAUGCAAUAAAAUUGUCGAAAAUAUAGAAACUCACAAAAAAACUCACACAAAUAAAGAAUGGUGUAGAUUUUGCCACAAAAACAUCUCAAAAUGUCAUUAUCUAGAACAUUUAAAAGCUCAUGCCGGUUUCGAAUACACUUGUCCAGAAUGUCCUAAGAAAUUUAUAUCUCAAAAGACGUUGGACGAGCAUAUGGCUAGACAUAGACAACAAACACCUUUUCAGUGUCAUUUAUGUAAUAAGGCUUUCAAAUUAUUUAAUAGUCUUCAAGAUCACAUUCUAACUCACGGACGAUACAGGUGCGAGGUUUGUGAAAAAAACUUUGAGAUACCCGAGUUGUUGGCUUCUCAUUUGUGUUCAGGAAAAGUCGUUAAAAAAUGUCAAUUUUCAGCAACAAAAUCUGAAGAUUAUGUUGAAGAGAAUUCAGAAGAAUUUGAUGAAAAUAAAAAUUUAGAAGAGUUGAAAGCAUGCCAAGCUGAGAAAAAAUAUUUUGAUUGGAAGGGUAUCAAAAAUGAGGGCGAAACUAUCAAAGUACCAUCUGAUAUUCAAGUAGAGAGUUUGACUUGCCACUUUUGCCAGAGAACUUACAAGACUGCCUAUAAACUUCAAAAACAUAUAGAAGGCCACAUGGGAAUAUUUUUAACAAAUUGCCAAUAUUGCGGUAAAGGUUUCUCUAGCAGAGCCGAUAUGGCUAACCAUGAACGAGUCCAUACCAAGGAAAAGCCAUUUAUUUGUAGUACAUGUGGCAAAGGUUUUGUCAGUGGGGCCACUCUAAGAAUUCAUAUGAAGCAGCACACAGGAAAACCAGAAGAAUGUGAUCUGUGCAAUAAGAGAUUUUGUAGAAAGUCAGAGCUAAAGUUGCAUUUACAAAAACAUAGAGGUGAACGUCCAUUCCUAUGUACGGACUGUGGCAAAUCUUUCGCCCAAAAAAGUCACCUAACUUGCCACUUGACACAGCACAGUGAUGAGAGGCCCUACAAUUGUAUGAAAUGCGAGAAAGCCUUCAAGAAAAAAGAACUGUUGAAGCACCACAUGAAAUUGCACGGCGAAAAAAGCUUCAAAUGCACAAUUUGCUUCUACGAGUGUCACAAAAAGUAUCGGUUGCAACAGCACAUGAAAAUGCACGAAGGUAAAACUGGCAUCAAACUUAACUCAUGUCAACUUUGUUCCAGAGGCUUCAGCAGUGUUCAGCUGUUAAAUAUUCAUAUGGGAAAUGUGCAUAAUGUUAUUGUUUAGAUUAGUCUGAUAAUUUUUAUUAAGAAAUGUACUCAUAUAAUAAUAAAAAUAUGAUUUUUGCACUUACUUAUUAUAGGUUUUAAAACCCUAUUUGUUAGGAAAAACAUUUGAGACUCUCAGCACUCUUCAUUUUAUAAAUCGUUUGUUGUCUACACAAAAAGAAUGUGAAUGAUCUUCUACCUCAAAUUAUAUCACUCGUCAAUCAUACAUGCCAUUAGUGAAAAACAAUUCCUUGUUAUAAGGCCUUAAUGCAUUUCUAUCUCACCAAGCUUCAAAUCAAUAAUCAGGACUUCUCAAAAAUCUUUCCUAGUGAAUCGUUAUUCACAAUAUCAUGCACAUUUUUUAAAUGACACCUUAAAUAACUCCUAUCGAUAAAACGUUUAUCACAUUCAUCACAACUAAAAGGUUUCACUCCAGUAUGAGUCCUCAAAUGCCUUUGAAGCUUAUGAUUAUCAAAAAAUUGACUAGGACAAAUAUGACACACGAAUUUCUUUACUCUUGUUGGUAAUUUACAUUCUCCUACAUUAUGUACCUUAAAUAAAUGUAUACUUAAAGAGCGGUUAUCGCGAUAAUGGUUGGAGCAUUCGCUGCAUUUAAAGCUACUGAUGUUUGAGUGUAACCUUACGUGUUUUUUAAGUUCGUGGUGGCUUACGAAUGCUUUUGUGCAUAAGUGACACAGAAACUCUCUAGUGCCCUUAUGCCUAUUUAUGUGUUCGUUGCAAUUAGCUUUCAUGGCAAAUCUUUUAAAGCAAAUGUUGCACGAAUACUUCCACUGACUUGAAUCAGUAUGAACAACAUAAAUAUGAGUUUUAAGAUUUUGAUUUGUUUUAAAAGUUUUAUUACAUUUAUCACAGAUAUACUUUCUUUGACCUGCAUGCAGUUUUUCGUGACUCAAUAAAUCUUGUUUCGUCAUAAACGAUUUGCCACAAGUGGUACAUAUAAAUUCUCUUUUGUCUGUAUGAUAUUGCUUAUGUUGAGUUAGCAAAGAUGAAGAACGAAAUCUACUUUCACAGAUAUCACAGCAAUAUGGUUUAAUUUCUUUUGGUUUCAUUGAGUGUUGAUUAGAACAAUGAUUAAUAAUGUUUUUUAACAAAGAAAAAUGCUCUUUACAAACUUCACAUUGGAAUUUAGGGGGAUUUUGACUUGUUUUAUUGUGUUGAGUUUUAGUGUGCCUUUUUAGAAGAUUUUUGGCUCUAAAAUAUUUGUUGCAAUGAAAACAUAUAAAUGUUUCUUCACUUUCUGUUGAUUUUUCUUCAAGAAUUGGCAAAAUUUCGGUUUCCUCACUGUUAUCUUCUUCACAAGAGCUACUGGUGUAAUUUUUUCGGAAAGACUCACUGCUAGAACACAGCUUCUUGAAAUUGUAGGCCUCAUCUAACUUAGUGUUGCAUUCGGAGCAGAUAGAGAAUAUAUCUAGCCAUUCCUAAAAUAGUUAGAAAUAUUAUCAUUUAAAGGAGUAGCUCCAGUCCAGAGGCAUGGAGCUAAUUUGUCAGUUAAAAAAAUUUAGAAUAUAACCCACCAAGCCCUAUAU